AUGGCCAUGAACAACUCAAAAAACCUUCUCUCUCUUCUCACCAUCAUCGUUUCCUUCCUUGGCCUCACCCAAAAAGUGAAGUCAGCAUCUUUCUCAUUCCCCAGUUUUGGGUCGUACACAAACGCCAUUACCCUCCAAGGUGAUGCCUAUGUUUCAGAAGGGGCCAUAAACCUUACACCUGUGGCACCCAACAACGCUGGUCGAGCGUCCUAUGCUGCACCCGUCCACCUUUGGGAUGCUAAAACUGGGAAGCUCGCUGCCUUCAACACAACCUUCUCCUUUGUUGUUGCGCCAAACGGUCCUGGAUUAUUUGGAGACGGCAUUGCCUUCUUCCUGGCUCCGUUCAACUCCAACAUCCCAAAUAAUUCAUAUGGUGGAUUCCUUGGACUUUUCACUCCCGACUCUGCCCUAAACGUAUACCAGAAUCAAAUAGUGGCUGUGGAAUUUGACUCCUUCGGCGGCAACCCCUGGGAUCCUCCCUCUGCCCAUAUAGGCAUUGAUGUUAACUCCAUUGCUUCGGCGACAACGGAGAACUGGGAACCUAACAAUGCUGGAAACGAGGUCGUUGCAUAUGCGAGUGUGAUGUAUGAACCUGUUGGCAAAACUUUGGAAGUGGAUUUAAAAUACCCUGGAACAAAUGUGACCGUGAGUAGGCUCUCGUUUGUGAUUGAUUUGAGGACUGUUCUGCCGGAAUGGAUUAGGGUUGGGUUCUCGGGUGCCACUGGACAAUUGGUUGAAAUACACAACAUUCUUUCUUGGACCUUCGCUUCUACCUUCUAUUAA